AUGUUUAUCAUCAAAGAUGCGAAGGAAACGAAAAGCCUUCACGGGGAAGCAGGAAAGAGGCCGGUUCCUGAGGAUAGGAAGAAAAGUGCUCAUACAAGGGAGUUGAUAACCCCAAGUUCUAUAAGAACAACUGAGACGGAAGAAAAAGCGUCGGAAAGCGGAAAUAAUCGGGAGAUACCAUGGAGCAAAGUGGUGGGGAGAAAGACAAGAAAAACAAUAUCUAGUAAGGACGGAACACCUGCUUCAAUAACAGGAAAAAGUACAGGAAAUAUUGGUACACUGAGGAAGGAGAGUAAGAAAAUUAUAGAUAAUAGAAGGACUCCUAGAACUGCGGCUGUACAAAUCAGUUGUAGAGGAGAUACAAGUUACGCUAAUGUUAUGAAAACGGCAAAAGAAAAGGUUGAUGUGGAAGCGCUAGGUAUUCUCGAAAUACGGCCGAGAAAAUCAAGAACAGGAGCCUUAUUGCUAGAGAUCCCGGGAAUAGAAGGUAGAAAUAAGGCUAAUAAGUUGGCAGAAAAACUUAAAGCGGCACUGGCGGACCAGCAGGAUGUGCUCAUUACAAGACCGGAAAAAACAGCCGACAUAAGAAUUAGAGACCUGGAGGAGUCAACGACUAAGGAGGACAUCCUUCUAACAUUGACUCUUCUGGGAAACUGCACGGAGGAAGUAUUCAAAAUGGGGGAAAUAACUAAGGCUUUCAACGGGUUAGGAACAUUAUGGCUCAGAUGCCCAUUAGCAACGGCAAAAAGCAUAACAAAAACGAAAAAAAUCCGUAUUGGAUGGACGAUGGCCCGGGUAGAGUUACUUCCAGAACGCACAACUCAAUGCUAUCGGUGUCUGGAACCAGGGCACGUGAGACAACAGUGCAAGAGCGAGAAUGAUCGUAGCGCGGUGUGCUAUAGAUGCGGGAAAUACGGUCACAUAGCGAGGGGUUGCGUAGAGCAGAUGCACUGCCCAAUAUGCGCUUCAAGAAACAUCAGGGCAGACCACAGGAUGAGCGGAGCGGCGUGCAACCCUCCCAAACUACGCAGGAAGGAUAAAACGGAAAAGGGACUUGUUGUAAACAAUCCCAGUCAAGAAAGAUAA